AUGGCUUUACAAGAAAAAAUAAAGGAAAUGGAGAUAUGUUCCCACCAAAUAUAUAACGCCGACGAGUCCGGAUUGUACUGGAAACUUCUUCCUGAGAAAACUUAUGUUUCGUUGUCGGAAAAACAAGCACCGGGAAGAAAGUCUGAAAAGCAGCGUUUUACAUUUAUGGCAUGCACUAACGCUACCGGCAACCAUAAGCUUAAGCUUCUCGUUAUUGGCAAAGCAAGAAAUCCUCGUGUUUUCAAAAAUUUUAACUGUCCGGUGGAGUACAAAAAUUCCAAAUCAGCCUUGAUGACUUCGGCGAUUUUCAAAGACUGGUUUCAUAAUUCGUUCGUGCCGCAGGUAAGAAAAUAUUUGAAAGAUGGGGGACUACCUGAGAAGGCUCUUCUUCUAAUUGAUAAUGCCCCAUCACAUCCCAACGAAAUCGAAUUAAAGUCCGAGGAUGGUUUAAUUUUAACUAUGUUUAUGCCGCCGAAUGUGACACCAUUGAUCCAGCCAAUGGACCAAAAUGUAAUUCGUAUAACGAAACUAUACUACAGAAAUUUUCUACUGGCUUCCAUUUUCAACAAUAAUUGCGAUGGUAUUUCCGUCAUUGCUUUGCUAUGGCUGCGAAAGUUGAAACUGCCACAGCGAAAGCGAAGUAAUACAAUAAAAACCGAAGUUGUGCUCUCGGUGUACUGCGAAGAUGGUUACAACACGACAGUGGUUUAG